AUGUCUUCCAAUGAAGAAACAACCGAUGACAGCAAACCUGCUAUUGCUCACCGAGAUUUAAAAAGUAAAAAUAUCUUGGUUAAAAGUAAUCGGACCUGCUGCAUUGCUGACCUUGGUUUGGCAGUGCGGCAUGAUUCUGAGACUGAUCAGAUUGACAUUCCUCACAAUACUCGUGUUGGGACAAAACGUUACAUGGCCCCAGAGGCUUUAGAUGAAACGAUUAAUGUUCGGCAGUUUGAUUCUUUUAAAAGGGCAGAUGUUUAUUCUUAUGGUUUGGUUUUAUGGGAAACUGCCCGACGUUGUAAUGGAUUUAAUUAUUAUUCUUCUUAUGAGGAAUAUGAACUACCAUUUUAUGAUAUGGUGCCUUCUGAUCCAACUCUGGAUGAUAUGAGGAAAGUUGUAUGUGUAGAAAAACUUCGACCCACCAUCCCCAACAGAUGGCAAACCAAUGAAACUGCUUGUCACAUGGCACGCCUAAUGAAAGAAUGUUGGUACCACAGUGCUGCUGCUCGGCUCACUGCCCUCAGGAUUAAGAAAACUCUUACUAAUCUUGCUGCCCGUGAAGAUUUCAAGCUUUAA